AUGGCCGAAAAGUACCUCUCCGACUCAACGACCAGGCUCAAGCCCGACGGUAGCAACUACCGUGAAUGGUGCGUCAAGACGCGCGCCAAGAUCAACCAGCAAAAGCUGGGUAAGUACCUCAAGAAGGUCCGCUUAGCAGACGGAACAUACCCGAAUGGGUCAAAUGAAGAAGACGACCUAGUUGCUUUAUCCUACAUUCAACUAAGCAUACACGCGGACCAUCUCAAAUUCGUCAAGGACACGGCCACAACCCAUGAGACAUGGGAAUCUCUCAAGGCCAUCUACGAAAGCGCGUCCGAGGUCAACCUCGUCACCCUCCAACUUCAAAUGAGCAAGCUGGAAUGGAGUGAGCGCACGGGGCUGGAAGCGUUCGCCGACCAGUUCCAAGAGUUCAUGCGCAAGCUCUCGGCGGCCGGUGACACGACGGCGGACAAGGCGCACUUGAACCGUUUCCUGUGUCUCCUACCACCGAGAUUUGCCAACACAGUAAUGUACAUCACACGCGAGCGACGUACCACCACGGCAUACGACUCGAUGCCGCCGAUUCUUGCCGAGCUUAAAUUAGACGACGAGCGUCAAAAGCUACACGACCCUAACUUGGCCAAGCGAGCGAAUACAAUGGACGACGCCCUCAACGUCGGCCCGGACGACUGCCAUUACUGCGGAAAGACCGGCCACUACAAGGCAGACUGCCGCCGACGUUCUGCCGACAGAGAGAAAGGAAUUUAUCGCCAAAACGUGCGCCAACCCCCAAGGACAAACGGCGGCCGCGUCGACGGCGGCCGUGGCGGCGGCCGUGGACGCGGGCGAGGCCGAGGGCGCGGCCGUAGCGGAUGGGGGCGACAUGACGACAGCAACUACGUCAAGGAUGACGACGACGAAGACCUAUUUAUGGUCCAAGAGAUAAGCAUCGAUCAAGCCAAUGGCGACAUGAAAACCUACCGUCACGAGACGGACGGAGACAAAAGCGGUGGUCCAAUGGAACUCGAAGAUGAGAUCGACGAAGUGACGGCCGACCUAGCCAACUAUGCAACAAUGCUGAGGGAUGAUGACGAUGAAUGCAACAACGUCCUCUCAUCCAAAGCCGAAGUGAUUGUGGACAGCGGUGCCACGUGCCACAUGACGGGGGACGAAACCAUCCUCCACGAUGCGAUCGCGUGCAAGCGCGGCGUCCGACUCGCCGACGGCCACCCGAUCUCUGUCACUACGAUGGGGAACGUGAGAAUGAAAUCGAGGGACACGGGACGUACAGUUGUCUUUCGCAACGUACUGCUCGUCCCGAGCCUGACCAAGACGCUCAUCUCCAUCAGCCGGAUCACCGACAGCGCAGAUGCCGCGUCCAUUCUAUUCAAGAAAGAUUACUGCAACAUCCGAUCGAGGACACACCUGUCGAUCGUCGGCAAGUGGAACGCGGCGCGCUUGUACGCGGUGCACGGGGACGUCAUCAAGCCAAGGCCAGCGGCAGACCAAGCGAACUCAGCCGAGGUCGCCGAACCGAUGCUGUGGCAUGCACGCUGCGGCCAUGUCCCCUGGAACUCGAUGUCAGCAAUGAUCAAGGCCACGAAUGGAGGACCUACCAACCUAAGGUUACCGGACAGCCUGUCGUGCGAAGGCUGCAUCCGCGGCAAGAAAACACACACGUCGCCGCCCAAGGAAGGUGAUCGCCCGCGACACAAGCUCGGCACGUGCGUUCACACAGAUCUCUGGGGACCAGCAAAGGUCGAGUCACCCAACGGCGCCAAGUAUUUUGUAUCCUUCACGGAGGACGCCACGAACUACGUCUGGGUCAAGUUCCUCCGCAAGAAGAGCGACACGUUCGCCGCCAUGAAGGAGUACCUACCAUGGCUCGAGCGGCAAUCGGGCGCCAAGCUUAAGACCAUGCGUGCCCGAAUCAGCGAAGUGACGCAACGACGUCACAAAGCAGUAACCGCACCCGAAACGAAACCGCCGUUUCACCCAACCCGCGCGACGGCGCGACCGCAUGACGCGGACAGCCCGUACAUGGAGGCGCCGGCCAAGACGAUGAGGACGACGGCUGAUCGCGGCAUCACGACGCGCGAAUACGAGGACAACGCCGCCUUGGCCUACGACGUGUGCAUGAAUGUGGCGGACGUGGACGAUGACGUACCUGCGACAUUCUGGGAGGCCAUGCAGACACCCGAUGCGGCGAACUGGCUUGAUGCGUGCAAGAAAGAGGUUAGCAACCUUCAACGAAUGCAAUGCUACCGUGUGGUGACCAAGCCGCACGGAUGCCGAGCUCUCAAGAGCAAGUGGGUCUUCAAGCGCAAAGACAUGCCUGAUGGCUCUAUGGCCUACAAGGCGCGAGUCGUAAUCAAGGGCUGCGCGCAACGACGAGGGAUCGACUAUGACGAGACGUACGCACCGGUCGUCCGCGGUGACUCGUUGCGGCUGACUCUCGCGAUCGUGACCGAGCGUGGAAUGAAGUGUCGUCAAGGUGACGCGACCAACGCGUACAUCCACGCGGAUUCGGAUCGCAUGCUCCACAUGGACAUGCCAGACGGAUUUGGCGAUGACAGCGGUCGAGUCUGGGCAAUCGACAAGGCCCUGUACGGCAUGAAGCAAAGUGCCUUGAUGUGGUACUUACACUUCAAGGGCAUCUUGGAAGACGACGGCUUCGCCGCCACGCGGAGCGACGGCUGUGUCUUCACGCGCCGGACAAACGGUGCUCUUCAGAUCAUCACGAUCUACGUUGACGACAUCCUCGUAUGCGCGGAGACAGACGAGGAGGUCGACGCGAUCUUUAACCACAUGCAGGCCCACAUCCGCCUGAAUGACAUGGGCCCCGUAUCCAAGUUGCUGGGAAUGGAGAUUUAUCGCAAUGAGGAUGAGAUGACGAUGGAUGUGCUCCAAGUGACGUACAUCGAGCGGAUGGCGGCCAAAUACGGCCUUGCGAGUGCCAACGCAGUCGACACGCCGAUCCCGCCAGGGACGAACCUGAGCGAGGACAUCGGCGCGGUCCUCAAUGACGACAAGCCAUACCGCCAGAUUGUGGGAUCGCUGCUGUACUGCGCCAUGGCCACACGACCUGACAUCGUCCAUGCAGUCACUCAACUGUCCCGGCACCUAACACAGCCGCAUCAGCUCCACAUGCACAUGGCGCGCCGCGUUGUUGCCUACCUCUUACACACAAAGACGGUUGGGCUCUCAUUCACCGGCGGUCGCAGAGGAAGCGACAAACUCGUCGGCUUCUCCGACUCGAGCUGGGCGGACGACCGCACCACAGGAAGAUCCACGUGUGGUUACUUAUGGAUGAUGGCUGGCGGCGCGAUCUCGUGGCGGUCAAAACUGCAGGCCAUCGUGACGCUGUCGACGGCCGAGGCCGAAUAUGUCGGCGCUUGCCUGGGCGCGCAACACGGUAUGCACCUGAGCAACCUAUUGGGAGAGUUCGGUCAAAAGGAGGACAAACCGGUUGUGCUGUAUCUCGACAACCAGAGCGCGAUCGCGAUCGGCUCGAACCAAGCCAGCAUCCAGAGGACCAAGCACCUAGCACUACGCUUCUACUUUCUGCGGGACUUGGUCAAGAGCGGCAAGUUUACACUGGCGCACCUGCCCACCAAUGUCAUGCCGGCAGACGUCUUUACCAAGCACGUGUCCAAGGAUAAGUUGAAGACCGCGAUGGCAUUCAUGGGCAUGGGAGGCUGUUGUGGUUUCUGCCCAUGA